AUGGUGGGCUAUGACCUGGAGGACCGGGCCUAUUGCAUGGAGCUGACGUACAACUAUGGAUUAGACGAUCCACAGAGCUACAAGCCCGGCAAGGGCUUGAUGGAGUUCGGCAUUUUCGUGCCAGAUGUGAAGGCAGCCAAGAUGGCUGCUAGCAAGCUGGGCUAUGGAGAGGUGCCCGAUGGCACGAUCAUUGGUCCUGACUGCUAUCGUUUUCGACUUCUGCCACUGCCUGCUGAUCGCAGUGAACGUUUCCUUUAUGUGAUGUGCCGCUCGGGAAACCUGGACCAGACCGUGGGCUUCUACAAGGAGGUCUUGGGUAUGGUAGAUGCUGACGUCCCCUCCGACGUGAAGCCAGCGACGGGUGCGGGCAAGACCGCGGCGGUGAGCUACACCUCCAAGACACAUCCUCAUCAACGUGAACCCGUGCUGCUGGUGUGGUACGAGGACGGGCAGAAACCGGAAAUCACUCCAUGGGAAGGCCGCCACGCUUUGGGACUUGAUGCAGAGCAAAUCAAAGCUUUGCAUGCAAGGUACCAGAAAGAAUUUCCGGACAAGAUCAUGCAUCAGGGCGACGGAGGGCCCAUCUCCCUCCAGGAGAAGCUCGGAACUCUUUUCAUCUUCAUCGCAAGGGACAUUGAUGGCUACGAGAUGUGCUACGUCUCGCGAGAGACAAUGCUGCCGGCCGUGGUCGAAGCAGUGACCAACUACGAUGGCAAGGCACUAGAUUGGGCAGCGAGAGGGAAGCGAAUCGACAAGAUCGCUCUGGCGGGGAAGCAGGUGGAAGAGCUACUCUCCAAGCACUCUGUAGUCUUGUUUUCGAAGGAAUGGUGCCCUUUUUGCAAAAAGGCGAAGGACGCCUUCGAAAGCAUCGAGGCCUCGAUCUUCAUCAAGGAGUUAGAGGAUUCAGAGAAGAAGCCCAUCGUUGAAGAGCCAAUGGCCUUCCAAGAAUACCUGGCGGCCAAAACCAAUGCUGGGAAGAGUGUGCCAAAGGGCUUUAUUCAAGGGCAGUUCAUCGGCGGCGGCGAUGACAUCGUCGACCUCAACAAACGUGGAGUGCUCCUGGAGAAAUGCAUUGCUGCUGGUGCCGCAGAGAAGAAGGACACACAGCCAAGCUACAUGGCAAGUGAUGGACCAGAACUGCCGGCUUGGAAGAGGUGUGCUCGUCGAUCUGCAUUUCUUUCUGCCUCAUGGGCAGACUUUUGGCUGGACAUCCGGGCCUUGGGUUUAUUUCGCAUUGCCUUAGGUGCUGCAACAGUGAUAGAGGUGCUGGAGUUGCUGCGUUUCCAGGAUGCUUUCCUGGACAAAGAUGGAGUUUGUAAGGAUCACAUUCCAAGCAUGGCCAUGUUGGACAUUUAUUUAGCAUCCAAUGCUCCUGAGAGCCUUUUUCUGUUGCUCAUGAUCAACUUCUUCGCAGCACUGGGAUUCAUGCUGGGUUUCUGGACGCGCAUUUGUGGCUGCUUGUGUUGGAUCUUCGCUAUCUCUGAGCACCAUCGCUUCGAUGCCUGCGUUACAUAUGGUGGGGAUCAGCUGCGGAGCCAUCUUUUCUUUUGGGCGCUGUUUCAACCUUUGGGAGACGUUUGGUCAAUCGAUGCUCUACAUCCAAGCAAGCAGGUGCAGGGCAACCCCUACUAUUGGUAUGAAUAUACAGCUUCAACCAAAGUCGGUGAAGGCUGGCAAAAUGGCGACGCCGUCGGGCGGACCUUGCGGUUGACACAGUAUGCUCGAGAGCCUAUGGCAGGUCUCGUAGCUUCCUUUCCCUUGCUGUGCCGAUUCUUCACUUACGCAACUUUAUACGUGGAGAAAUAUGUUUGGAUCCUGGCCUUUUGUCCUUGGCAGCUGGCAAAAUGUGUGGCAUUUCUGGCAUUCUUCGGACUUCACUUUGGUCUCAACUUGACGCUUCGCGUGGGGAACUUCCAGCUUUUCGUUCUAAGUGCUUGGUGCGUGGCUGUGCCACGUGUACUUUUAGAUUGGCUGGAAAGCUUUCUCCUUCGCUGGCCCCGCGUGGCGCGGCAUCUCAUCAUCACUUCACACUCGUCCCGGAAGUUCACGCCGCUCAUGUGCCGCGGGUGCAUGGUCAGCUGUAUGAACUUGGUGGGUUUCACUUUGAUGUUGAUGGCCUUCGUGGAAGGUUGUCAGAAGCGUGGUGAGCAGUGUGCUGUUGUUCGAAUGGUCCCGCCCACUAGCACGACUUCCAAAAUGCUUCUGCAGAAGUUGGACUUGCUUCAGCGCUACUCCAUGUUCAGCCCUGAUGCUCCCCACCGCACGCUGCGCGUCCAACUGUAUGGUGUUUUGGCCACGAAGUCCUGUGAUGGGGUGAGCACGAGGUACUGGGAAUACUGUCCGGUGGUGGAGUUGUGGAACGAAGGCUUUCCUGCCCUUGCCCUUCCAGCCACCAGUCUUCCGCAUGGUCGCGCGGCCUUUUUCUCGGGGAGCAUGACUUCUUCGGCCUGGCCAAUGUGGAGCAAUCUUUCAGCACCAGCUCGAGAUUCCAGGGACUUUGCCACCAAUCGAUGGAGAAAGCUGGUGGAAAGCAAGGAUCACUUCAAAGCCAUCGGAUCGUAUGUUUGCUCCAAGUGGAGAUCAGUUCACGGAGACCAUCUGCUUGGACUCUGGAUGGUGCGGGCUCAGUCCGUACCCCCUGGGCCAGAAAGCUAUGUCGGUGAUGGGAAGUAUUGGUGCCACUCUGACUCGAAGGAUUUGAUGUCGAAUCUACCAACCAGGCCUUGGAUUGGCUGA